UAAAAGUGUGCUAUAUAUUGGUAAUAAAAACAGGUGAAAGCCAAAGCGAAUGAAAUAAACUUUCGGGUAGAAGUAAGGCUCUUAGACGUACAAUUGAAUUAUUAUCUUUAAGCAGUUCCCGGUCAAUGUUGUAAGACUUUAAAGAAUUGAUAGCAUGAACAGUGUACAUACAUAUAACAAAUUUAAUGAAAACCUUAUCUAACAGGUAUCGAUUGUCAGCAGGUAAUGACUAAUAAAAAUGAUAAAGAUUAUUCUAUUAAUACCUAAGAAAAGCCCCAAAAUUAAAGUUACUUCUGGUAGACUAGCACCUGAACACAGUGCGUAUACGCAAUCUGCCAAGAAGUGCAAAAAGACACUUCAAUUGGCCCUAUUUAACAUAUGCGUAAAGUGCUUUCCCCUAACUCAAGACCCAGAACUACUUUCAACACCCUGUCCGCAUAAGCAACGUGCCUCGGGCCUUGGAAAAACAAGUAAGUGGGUGACUAGGUGGGCGGAUGACUGGGUAGGUGGGUAGCUCUGUGUAGAUGGGUGGUAAGAAAACAGCUUUCUGGCACACUUCAAAGCACAUUACACCACUUUCGGGCGGUUGCAGGGGCGAGAACUAAAGAGCUGAAAGAACUGAAGGAGCAAUGUCCUGAGUGGCACGUACCUGGGUAAUGCUGCAUCUUUAAAAAGGCGGCCUGCUCCGAACUCCGAACGAGCAAACUACUACAACUAAUCCCUGCUAACAGUUCCAGUUUCCCCAACGCCGCCUCAUCCGCAUCCACAUCUGAGCACCACCACGUUGUCUGUUUUCGUGCCACUUUUGGCCGGGUCUCUUGGAGUGGAUUUUGGCACCAUUGGCACUGCUAACCUGCAUAUUUAAUGACAUCCUCCCACCAGCCCGGGACGUGUUCGAGUGCCAAGAGCCUGCCAGACUUCUGCGCCUUUUUGCUGGCACUCGGACAGGAUUGGAAGGCUCGGAAGGAUGGGAAGGUACAUCUGCCAUAUAUUCCACACGCCGAAGACGGAAAACAAAGGCCAUAGCUCCCGGAGAUGGGGUGUGCCAAAAGUGCCCCCUUCGUAGUAAUUACUAUCUUAUCGAAUGCGCUGUCGCGGGUGGCCUAUAAAAGUAAAGAAAUGGCCGGCAAUCGGGCAAAGAGUCAAGUGCCAGCAACAUGUCCGGAGUAUCGCCAACUUUCACGGUAAUCGCCGGAGCAGCCUGCCACAAUCAGCGUCGCCAGAAGAAGCAGAAGAAUCAGCUAAAGCAGUCCGGACAGAAGAACUCCAACAAGACACCACACGAACAAGAACUGGCGACGGGGUCGGGGUCAAAGACAAAUAGUUGCCACAUUGCUUAGAUAUAGUAACUAUCUUAUCUGUACCAAGGACUUAAAGCAUGAAAAUAUAUUUCCAAUGACAUAAACACCGAGUAUAAAUGGGCCAAACAAAGCAUUUCAGGUUUCAGUUAAUGGGCAUAACGACAGCCGAACGGAAUAAUCGACGAACCGAUCGACAAAAUGAAAACGACCAUCGUGGAGGAGUCUAGUGUUAAUGAAACGAUAGAAACAAUAGCCACCAGCAGUGGCACGCGUCUGCAGGAAACCAUUGAAAUCACCAACAUCGAGGGCUCACCCAUCCCCAAGCAACGCCAUCAGCACCACCAUCACCGUCACCACCAUCACCACCAGGAAAACGUGGAAUUAGUUGAGAAGGAGGUCAUACUAGUGGAGAAUGAUCAGACGUCGCGGAAGCAGCAGCAUCGCCACCACCGACAGGAGAAUGUCGAGGUGGUGGCCAGCGAGGAGGUGAUCCUGGUGGAGACCGAUCCCAAGCAAAGGAAACACCAUCGCCACCACCACAAGCAGAAGAGCUCACCACCGCCGCCCUUGCCAGAGACCUCGCCGCCUUUCCUCACACCCACCGAGGAGGAGUCCUUCAGCGCGGUUUGGGAACCGCAGGCCUUCUGGAAUCAGCCCAAUUCCAGCCCAUCCACAGACCUAGACCUAGACACCACCUCCACUUCCGAUGAGUUUUCCACAGUGAUCUGGCAAACGGAGACCCAGGAGACCACCUACAGGGCCAGCCAGAAAAACGUAACAGUGGUGCAGGAGGAAAUCGUGGUUAAGGAUGUGGAUCCUCCAGCCUAUGCGCCGCCGCAGCUGCAAGUCCAAACCGGAUUCUUUCCGGCAUCACAGCAGCCACCACUGUCCCCCAUUGCGGAAGUGGUACAAACCGAAAUUGUCUCCGAAUCAGUGGCUACUUCUCCUGUUCCAGAGCCAUCCGUAAACUAUACCAUCUCUGAGACUGUGAAAGUUUUACAUGAACCGGAUGCCAUUCCUCCGCCGGGGUUUGUUGCCAGACUUGUGGAGAACAUUGAAGGAGUUGCUGCAUUGAAUUCCUCGCAGGCUCCUUUACCCAAAGGAUUCUUUGCAAGGACAGGAUUCACGGAAACUGUUGUGGAGGAUAUCGAAGUCACCGGUGCUCAGCCUCCAAUCCAAGAUAGUGUUGAAGUAAUCACAGAUCUUGAUUCUCCAUUUUUGCUGCCAGAAAAUGGGUUCGGUUCAGAGGAAACGGUGGUGGAAGUAGAAACCGACAUGGAUUCUCCUUUCCUUCUACCAGCAAAUGGUUUUGAAUCCGAGCCAGAGAUCGUAGAAGAGAAAAUAGAAGUCAUCCAAGUAGAUCCUGUGGUUCAGAUCCCACCUCCACCGUCUGUUCCUGCGGAAGGUGUCGUGGAGUCGAUAGUGGAGAGCAUAGAAGUCGUCAAAGUGGAGGAUGAUCCUCCUUUUCAGCUGCCAGUUGAAAAUGUUACUCAGCCGGGACAGGUAGAGUCCAUUGUAGAGAGUAUAGAAGUCACCAGUGAAGUGGACAUUCCACUGAGAUCAUCCCUCCAAAACGAUUUUCCGAGUCGUUCAGGAUUUGUGGAAUCGAUUGUAGAGAACUUUGAAGAAGUCCAGGUGGAAGAGGUAGUGAUACCUGAAGCCACUAUUUCUAUAAGCCAACCCGGUUUAGUGGAAACCCUCGUUGAGAAUAUUGAAGAGACCACAGAAGUUGAGGCUCCACCUCUGCCUGUCAGUUUACCUCCUCAAUCUCAAUCCGGUUUUGUAGAAACAAUCGUGGAAAACAUAGAAGUCACAGACGCUAAUCCACCCAUUCAACCUCCUCUGCCUCUUAAUAUUCCUUCCCAAACUGGCUUUGUGGAAACCAUAGUGGAGCAAAUCGAAGUUCCCGAACCCCCCGAAUCGAUUGUGGAAGAAAUUGAAAUAAGAACAACUGCUGCACCUCUUCCAGUCACUACAGACUUUCUUCCUCGAUCCAGUUUGGUGCAGGAACUUGUGGUCGAGUCCCUGGAAGUCACACCCACUCCGUCGCCUCCCCCGGAACCAUUUCCUUAUAUGUCGCGCACCAUUCUCCGGGAAAGCCUAAUCGAAGCGGAUCCGUAUGUGGAGGUGGAGGAACUCACUCCGUAUUACACGGCCCCACAAAGUCCCACCGUGGAUGUGGCGAGCCUGAGCGAAGCCGAGGCUUAUGUGGAAAUUAUAGAAGUUACCCCCACUAAUUCGCCACCUCGUCGGCCCUCAGUCGAAGUGGGUAUUGUGCCGAGACCAAGUUUGGCGGAAACAGCCAUAUUUGUGGAAUCAGUGGAGACCACUCCCACCCCCUCACCUCCUCAAAGUCCGCCACUGAAACUUAAAAUACCGCCACCAAAGCCGCCGCUAUCUGAAGUCAUAAUAGAGUCUGUGGAAGUAACGCCUGUGCCGGAUGUACCAGUCACCGUUCCACCGCCGAAAACACUCAAUAACUUCAUUCUCACCGAUCUGGUUAUAGAUGGCGUGGCCAAGGUCCAAGGUCCUUCAGUCGAAAUUGUGGAGAGGGAAAUCAUUGUCGAGGGUUCCCGUAACGGAACUCAGUCAGAGUCCAUUGUUCUGACAGAGGAAAUUAUCCAACAACCACCCACACCUGCAGAAAUCAUUUUGGUGGGCGAAGUUUCGGACCAAAACACGGACAAGGCCGGCAAGCGAUACUCCUUGAGUGCUGCCCUGGCCGGAGAAACUAAUCUUACCCAGGAACCCGCCAAGGAUGCGCCGGGAUUGGAGAAGCGGGACUUGCCAGUGGAUCCGCCGAAGAAAAGGUGCUGCCCUUGCAGGUGCACCAUAGCCUAAGUUCAAGGGAUCCCCUUGCCAAUGAAUCACAGUCCAUCCAUAUCACAAAGACAUCAAGCAUUUAUCAUUUAGGUUGAAGUUCUUAUCGCUAUCUGGCUGGAAGGGUAAGCUCCUUAGCCUUGGCCUAUCGCAUAUCUAAUCAGCGGAAGCCGAAGCCCCGAAAAAUAGAAAAUCGCAGUAAUUGAUAUCUAAUUACCAGAAAGAUAAGGGCCGAGACUCGAGAAAGCCAAGUGCUGGCCACUCCACGGGGCAGUCAGUCAGUUGGAAGCUAGCAAUCGAUCAAGAUGCCACCACCUCCAGGACGCGGUUACGGAUACGGACCUCCACGCCCGGGCCCGGGCUACGGACCGCCGCCUCCUCGUGGGCCCGCCGUGAAUGUGGGCAUUAACAUUGGCGGACCACCGCGACCUCCGCCGAUGGCAGUGGGCGUCGGCUUUGCCCCACCGCCUAUUGUAGUGGCUGCCCCACCACCCCCAGCUGUGGUCAUUGGCGCACCACCGCCGCCGGCGGUUGUGAUCGGAGCUCCGCCGCCGCGGCCCGCAGUGGUAGUGGGCGCCCAGCCUCCCGUGGCCACCGUUUAUGCCCAACCUACCGGAGAGGUCCUCUGUUGCACGAUUCUUUGAUUCUGGGAUUACGGAAACCUGUGACGCGUGUGCUCAAGUGUUCCUCCACAUUAUAUUAUACCUAUCCUACAUUUACACUCAUAUGUUUUCUAUUUGUAAAAUAAAAUAAUUUAUUCUA